AUGGUAGGCGGUCAGGUAAUUAUUCUUCAUCCUUACGGGCAGCUUGAUAUGCAAUUAUUUUCAAAAACAAUUAGUCAUCAUCAAGUGUCAUAUCUGGGCACUGUACCAUCUCAGAUGAUUAAUUUAACUAAGUUUCUAAAUACUACAAAUCGAAAUUAUGUUUUUGAAACGCUUCGAUGUGUAUCAACCGGAGGAGAGUCGUUAUUCGUUGGCACUGUUGUAGAUAUGCAGCGUUACCUGAAAAAUAACUGCCGCAUUUACAACUAUUAUGGUCCUACUGAAUGUACAGAAGCAGCAGUUGAACAUUUAAUAACAGAAGACGACCUUGGUCGCGGUUCUAUACCGCUGGGACAGCCUAUGGCAAAUGUUUACAUCUAUGUCGUCGACAAGUAUCUUCAACCCAUAAUACCAGGCUUGCAUAUGGGUGAAAUUAUUAUUGGAGGUGCUGGUGUGUUCACCGGUUAUCGUAAUCGAAAUGAGUUAACGGCACAAGUCAUGUGUCAAAUCAUUAAUGAACUCUGCUAUAAGACAGGAGACUUAGGAUGUUUCAAUCCCAAAACCCGUUGUCUUGAGUACGGUGGUAGAGAAGACUACCAAGUGAAGCUUCGAGGACAACGUAUUGAAUUAAGUGAAAUUGAAUCAGUGAUUAUGAGUAUUGCCGCAAUGUGUGUUGUUGUCAAAGUAGUACAUAGCAACAAUGACUAUCUUGUUGCCUAUGUCGAAGAAAAGAGUAAUAGUGUAAAUGAAGAACAACUUCGACAACAUUGUCAGUCUCAUCUUCCACCACAUAUGAUUCCAUCAAUAUUUAUUAUUCUUGAUAAACUACCUUUGAAUCAAAAUGGAAAAGUAGAUCGAAAACAACUUCCUUCACCUGGAUUUUCUUUAUCGACUUCGUUAUCAUCCGAUAAAUCGAAUAUUCCCCUUAAUCAGUUCGAAAAACGUAUACUCACUAUUUGGUGUCUAGUUCUUCAUUGUGAUGAAAAUCACAUUUUCAGAACUACCAGCUUUUUCAGGGCUGGUGGUCACUCACUGUUAUUUAUUGAACUUUAUCAUCAUUAUCAAUCAGUAUUUAACUUUGAUGCCCAUACACUUUCGAUUGCUCCAUUUCUUCAACAACCAACUAUAUUUCAACAUUCACAGCUACUUCAAACAGUUAUAAUGAGUAAUAUCACGGCAACACAAUGGCACACAUUAAAUAUAAAUGAAGGUGUUGCUUCUUUUGCUCAAGAACGUAUCUUUCUUGAUCAACAAGUUCGUUUUUCGAGUGAUAUUGCUAUCUAUAAUGAAUUGUCCACUUUACAAAUUGUUCAAGGAUCAAUAUCAUUAACGCGUUUAUUACAAGCAUUUCGAUAUAUUCUCAAUAAACACAAAAUAUUACGGACAUCUCUUCUUUUUAACAAUGAUAAUGGUAUUUUGAAACAAUGUAUCACAGAAAUACAUAAAACAUUCACAAUAACUAUGCAUCAAACAUUUAGAAAUGAUAUUGAACUUCAAGACAUUAUUUAUCAAACAACUAUUAAUCCUACUCUCUUCGAUUUAUCAACUGGUCGUGUUUUUCAUGCUGAAAUUCUGAGACAUCAAAUAUCAUUCAAUGUAAAUGAAAAUAAUAGCAAUGAAUACAUAAUGAAUUCUGAUGUUCUUCUCAUUGCUUUUCACCAUGCAGCAUUUGAUCGAGCAAGUACUUCGAUCUUUUUCAAUGAUCUAUAUUUAGCUUAUAAUACUAAUGCAAUAUCAAUAGAAGAUGAUGAAUCAUUGCAAUAUAUUGAUUAUAGUAUACAUGAACGUCUAAUUGAUAUGACAACAUCUCGUGAAUUUUGGUAUUUACAAUUACAAGGAUACAAUUUGGAAAAGCGAUUAUUAUUACCAGUUGAUCGACAUCGUUUGUCUAAUGAUCACCGAUCGAGUUCUGCUUCUGUCACUCAAAUCUCUUUUGAUAACGAGAUUUCACAAUCAUUUCUUGAUUAUGCUUCUAUACAUCAUGUGACACCAUUUCAGUUGGGUCUAACUAUAUUAUAUGCUUUUCUUUUCAAGUUAAGUCAUGGUGAAAAUGAUUUGUGUAUUUCUUGUCUUAAUGCUAAUCGAUAUAGAACUGAGCUUCAGAAUAUAAUGGGAAUGUUUGUUUCAACAUUACCAUAUCGUCUUCAACUUGAUCGUCAUUGUUCAUUUGAUGAUCUUGUUAAAUAUGUGCAAGAAAAAUGUUUAUCAAUUCUUGAACAUUCUCAUUAUCCACUCCAACAUAUUCUUGCUAAUUUACAUAUUAACCAAUCAAAUAUUUCAUUUCUCGAAACAGUGUAUGACUUUAUAACUGUAUCGUCACAGAGCGAUGAAUUAUCUUUGGAUGAAGCAAGUUUCAAACAAGUGUUACUGGAACGAUCGUUUGAAGUGGCUAAGUUUGAUUUUAUAUUAAUGUUUGCCUAUAAUCCAGUAUUGGAAAAUAAUAGAUUAUCAUUUCGUUUAACUUGUUCACAUGAUCUGUUUGAUGAGAUCACAGUUAGAAAUAUAGGUCGAAGAUUAGAAUAUUUUUUUCAACAACUAUUUUCAUCGAAUGAAACUAUUGAUCGAAUCGAUACAUGUGUUACAUCUGUCUUGAAAAUUAAUCUUAUUCUACCAGAAGAAACUCAAGAAAUGGAAGAUGUUAUCUUUUGUCGACAAUCACAUAUUAUAAACGAAGCACCAGCAUCAUUUGCACAAAUUCGACUAUGCAAUAAUGAAUCUAUUCAUUUCACUCCUCACAUAUCACAAGUACCAAUCUACAAUAUACCUUUUGUUUAUUCUCUGUACUUGUAUCAUACUUUAUCAAUAAAACAUCUCCGUCAUGCUCUCGAACUAAUAGUCACAAAACAUGAAUCUCUUCGAACAUCACUCAUAUUUCAUACACACACCAAUCGAUUCAUGCAACAAAUCAUUGAUAUGAAUGAUAAUAACAGACAACUAUUUACAUUUAUUGAAAGCAUCUAUGAAACAGAUAAACAACUUCAUGAGAUUUUCCACGACGAAAGAUAUAAUCCUCAACUUUUCGAUCUUACUCAAGGUCUUGUCUUUCGAUGCCAUCUUGUUUACUACAAACAAAUUUCUUCGGAUCAUCUUCUUUCUCACAAAGAUGUACUUAUCUUCAACUUUCAUCAUGCUCUAUUUGAUUUUCCAUCAAUGAAUAUCUUUCUUCAUGAUCUCAAUCAAGCAUAUACAACAGGUCAACUACCUCUCAAUAAUGACAACACUAAUCUUCGUUAUCUCGAUUAUGCUGUUAUUGAACAACAAAUGUCAAUGACUAGUGCAAGUAUGUUUUGGCUUGAUGCUCUUCAUGAUUGUAAACUCGACCAACCUUUAUCAUUACCAUUUGAUCGGUAUCGCCUCACAAAUGAACAUCGAACUGGUCGUGGAACAUCGAUUUGUUUUGAUAUUGGUCAAGAUCUCUCACAUGACUUUCUUAUUCAUGCAUCAUCAAACAACAUAUCACUUGAAUAUCUCACAUUUGCUAUUUAUUUCAUCUUUCUAUUUAAACUAACUAACGGACAAACAGAUCUAUGUAUUUCUAUGAACAUCAAUAAUAAUCGAUAUAGAGAUGAACUCAAAUCAAUCAUUGGAUUGUUUGAGAAUAUCAUUCCAUUACGGUGUCAAUUAGAUUCUCAAUGGUGUUUUCAUCAACUACUCAAACAUGUCCGAGAGGUAACAACAAAUAGUAUGAAAUAUUCAUAUUUCCCUGUUCAACGUAUUCUCAAUCAACAUCCACAUAUCUCAAAACAUGCGUUUUUGGAUACAUCUCUGGAAUUUAUAUCAUACAAGAGUCACAAAGACAACGAUGUCGUUAUGAUUGGUGACUCUCAAAUUGUUCCAGCAUCUUUUUCAUUUAACAGUAAUAAUUAUGAAAUUUUAAGUGCAUUAGACUUCUCUCUUUCUGUUUAUCAUGAUAUGAACAUCAAUCAACUGUCAUGCACAGUCAAUGCAUCACUUGAUUUAUUUAAUGUAGAAACAGCUGAUAAGAUAUCUCAACGAUUUUAUUCAAUCUUGAAACAAUUAUUUAUGUUUGUUGAUAAUCAAAUGAAUAAAUCAAUCUAUGAAAUAUCAUUUACAUUACCAAAUGAAAGAUUACUCGUGCAAUCAUUGAAUAAUACUCAAAUAUCAUUUCCAUCUCCUCUCACUUGUAUUCAUCAUGAAUUUGUAUAUCAAGUAAUGAAACAUCCACAAAAACUAGCUGUU